UGGGGGCGUUUUGGGGGAGCGGUUUGCUCUUUGCACGUGCUCAGAGGCUGCAAUUGCAAUUGCAAGGGCUGCUAACGUCGCCCUCCAGCCACGUAUUACGAUCGCUGGGACAUCAGAAAGUGCCAGGUGGAGCUGGUAGAUUGUACCAGUGCAAUCUGGGCGGGCGAGUCUUUCUCUUCUCUUCUCCGGCAGGCGCAAGGCUACUCUCGGCCGGAAGACUCGAACCAUGCCGACGUUCAGUUCGAAAGAGGCUCACCAGCUCCUGCACAACAAGUUCGUGGUCAUCCUGGGCGACUCAAUCCAGCGAUGUGUGUACAAGGAUCUGGUCCAGCUGCUGCAGAGCGACUCCUUGCUCACGGCUUCCCAGCUGAAGUCCAAGGGGGAGCUGCGCUUCGAAGACGACCACCUGGUGGAAGGAGGGGUGCUGGGCUCCCUCCACAAUGGCACCCGUUACCGCGAGGUGCGCCAGUAUCGUACCGGCCACCACCUUGUCCGCUUCUACUUCCUCACGCGCGUCUACUCGGAGUACGUGGAGAGCAUUCUGGAAGAUUUCCAAGCCGGACCGAAACCGGAUGUCUUGGUCCUCAACUCCUGCGUCUGGGACGUUUCUAGGUACGGCCCGUCCUCCAUGAAGGCAUAUCGCAAGAACCUGGAGACGGUCUUCAACCGGCUGGACGCUGUCCUCCCAGCCUCCUGUUUGGUCAUCUGGAACAUGACCAUGCCUCUAGGGCCCCGGGUGACAGGGGGCUUCCUUAUUCCAGAGCUGCAGCACUUAAGCAAGACCCUCCGCAACGACAUAAUCGAGGGCAACUUCUACGGCGCCACUUUGGCCGGCUUCCACCUCUUCGACGUCUUGGACCUCCACUUCCACUUCCGCUUUGACCUGCGGAACCGGGUCAAGGACGGCGUCCAUUGGAACAACGUGGUGCAUCGCAGGAUCACCAACCUGCUUCUGACGCAUGUGGCGGAUGCCUGGCGCGUGGUGGUGCCAAGCAGGCGCCGGAGCCCGGAUGAGCCCGCGUGGAAUAUGCCAGGGAGACCUUUGCCGCCAUCGCCGUCCCGUCUUGGCGCUUCCCAGCUGCUCCCCGGCCCUCGUGUCGCCCACCCGCCGCCCUACCCCCUGUGUCCCCCAGUUUUACGACGACUCAGUCCUCGUUCCCAGCAACUGGGGGCCUUCUGA